AUGGCGACGCAGAAGCGUCCUACCGGAAAAGAAGGCUUUGGGCAGCCUGUUAUCUGCCCAAAGUGCGACAAGCCAACGCAUCCCGACGGACCCGCCCCUGCCGCUACUCCAACGCCGCCAACCACUACCACAAAUGUUGUUGUCGACUUGCUCGAUAGCGAAUCAGACGUCGAAGACAAGGCGCCAUCUCCAUUCUCGGAAUUGGCCACGCCUGCCGCGAGCGCUGCCGCCGAGCUGCUGAAUAGUAAGUGUGGUGUAGUGCCCAGCGAGGAAGCGGGCACGUCGGCGUCGGUGAAAGAAGGCGCCGAGACGAAUGCUGAUGGAUGCGGAUGA